AUAAAAAUAUUUACACGCAGAUGAUAUAACAUUUCUCUCCGAUUUCCCCAAACCCUAAUUUCCGAAAUCCUGGUUUUGGAUCGAAUUCGACAAUGGAGCAGAACCGGAGCAAGAAGAUGUACAACCUGUUCGUGAAGCAUUUGGACGGGAAAACCCUAACCCUCCUAUUCCCCUCUCCGAUUCUCUACGCGAAUUCCAUCAAGGAUCGCCUCUUCGAACUCACCGGAAUCCCCGCGCAGCACCAGCGCCUCGUCACGGGUUUCCGCCAUCUGAACGAUGAAAAAUCGGCGAUCCAAUGCUCCCCGGAGGACGGCAACAUGUUCCCCUCGGUGCGCUUGCUGCUGCGCCUCAAGGGCGGGAAGGGCGGCUUCGGCUCGCUGCUGCGUGGCGCAGCGACGAAGGCGGGGCAGAAGAAGACGAACAAUUUCGACGCGUGCAGGGACAUGAGUGGCCGGAGGCUGAGGCACGUCAACGCCGAGAAGAGGUUGGAGGAGUGGAAGGCCGGGGAAGAGGAGAGAAAGCUCGAGAAGGUGGCGGAGGAGUUUCUGAAGAAGCAGAUGAAGAAGGGUAAGGGUAAGGGUAAGGGAAAGAGUGAAGGUGAUGGCGAGGCCCAUAAAUACGUCGCCAAAUACAGGGAGGAAUCUGAACGUUGCGUUGCUGAGGUUGCCUUGUCCGUUAAGGAGGUACUCACUGCCAAGCGCAAGGGCCCUUCACAACCCCACAAUGAUGCCAAGAGGUUGAAGAUAUGGAUGGGGAAGAGGAAACUGAAUGAAAGUGACAGUGAUGUGUCUGAUGAAGAGGGGGAGACUGAGAAAUCGGAUUUGUUGGAUGGCCAGAAUGAGUCCGGUGCAAAUAAGGGUGACGGUAGUUUGGAUUCGGUAACUGGGGGUGGAGUCUCGUGUGAAAGUGGGUCUGAAGAAGAGAAGGAAUAUGCUGUACAAGGAAAAGUGAGUGGCGAAAGUACCCAGGCAGGACUGAGUGUUGUGGCUGAACCUGUUGUAAGCGACAAGGCUACUGCAAUGCCAAAGGAGUCAGUGGUUGCUGGACUUAAUGCUGAAGAAAAUAGAUAUCAGGAUUGCCGUGGAGGUGUGUCUGACAAGUUUGAUGGUGCUCUGAAUCAAACCUCCAAUGCCUCGAAUACUGUGGGCUCUGAAAACGUGGCCAGUGCUGGUGAAUCUAAUGAUAUGGAAAUUGAUGGAUCUCUUGAGCAUAAAGUAGCAGUCAAUGAAGAAAGCUCGCCAAGCACUAGUGUUCCCACAUUGGAGGAGCCCCUGAAUUUUGAUGCUUUUAAUGCAGCUGCCGAACUUGAGGUUCUUGGCUUGGAAAGGUUGAAGUCUGAACUGCAGUCACGUGGGUUAAAAUGUGGAGGUACUUUGCAGGAGCGUGCUGUUAGGCUUUUUCUUUUAAAAUCGACUCCUCUGGAUAAGCUUCCAAAGAAGCUGCUUGCAAAGAAGUGAGGAGUAUUUUGGGAUGGCAGUUCCUUCUCUGUACAGUAUUUUCAUAACUAUUUGGACCUUUUACUUAGGUGUCAGUUGUAUCCUCUGGCUUGGGGAUCUGACUGAUGCAUGCCUUUUCCGUUCGUUUUAGUGUUCAUCGUGGGCUGUGUUUGUUGAUGUAGUAAUAAUACCUUUGCUGGCAGCCAAAGGAAGCUGAACACUGUAUAACCCAAGAAUUAUGCAUUGUGAACAAUUCCAAUUUGCUGUUUUAGUAUUAGAUUAUCAGAGGAGCUUUCCCCUUGGUAUCAUCAA